AUGCCCUCGGCAAUAACAUCUUGCAAAACAUUGGCAUACUGUACCAGUUGCCAGUACACAGAAAGACUAAGAUUCUAUUCAACUUUCAAUAUACUGUACCAGGUUGACAUUUUAAACAGGCCUUUGGGUUUCCAACAAUUCGUUUUUGGGCACUCUAAAAAUGGCUGGAAACCACGUCCACAUCUCACCAAACUCCACCCUUCCGCAACGCACAAGUCAACUGCCGUGGCGAGAGUAUCCCUUUCCUUGCUGUUGAGCAAGCACAAGUCGAGAAGAAAGGUAAAGAAAGAUGAAAAGUAG